AUUUCAUAAAAUCCUGGAUUUAUAUUGGUCAGUGAUAUAAGAACAAGCAAUUAAAGUAAUUGUGUGCUUUCGUAAUAUUACUAACCUGCAACUAAGCAAAUGUAACAGUCUGGUGAUUCAAUGAAUUGUAGCGCUUACUCGGUGGGAACCUUUGUUACAGGGAGAUGGGGUCUGGUAGGAAGAUGUUGGAGAGCGGGAUUCUGGGAAGAGCUGAGUUCGUUGUACCGGAUGUGUGAUUUUCAAUAAAGUGUGUUCAUUUAGAAGUAAUACACAGUCUACCGAGCAGAACCCCAUUUGAUACUGCGACAGUUUAAAGAUGGAAUCAGUCCCGAUUAAAGAGGAGCUCCCUAAACUUGAACUGGUCCCCAUUAGACUGGAGUUCUCUGGACUGUCUUCCCUCCCCAUUAAACAGAAGCUCUGUGAGAUGCCAUCUGACAGCAUCAAGUCGGAGGUGUCUGGGAUUAAAGCUGAGUGCAAUGAAUUGGAGAUCUCCCAGACAGAAGAACCCCUUCCUGUGAAUGAAGAGGUGCUGGAAAUGUUACCAAGCAGAACCACGUUUGAUGCCUUGGACAAUGUGAAGAUGGAAUCUGUCCCGAUUAAAGAGGAGCUCCCUAAACUUGAACUGGUCCCCAUUAGACUGGAGUUCACUGGACUGGCUUCCCUCCCCAUUAAACAAGAGCUCUGUGAGACGCCCUGUGACAGCAUCAAGCCAGUGGUGUCUGGAAUUAAAGCUGAGCGCAACGAACUGGAGAUCUCCCAGACAGAAGAACCAGUUCCUAUGAAAGAAGAGGUGCUGGAAAUGGUGCGUAUUAAACUGGAGCCCCUGAAAGAGGAGGUACUCUUGAAACCAGGGAAGGAAGAAUCCGAAGACUUGAAAGCAGCCCCCACUGAGCUGGGUCCGGUACACCUGCGGGAGUGUAGCGUGGUGCUGGAGAGAAUCUAUGUGAGAAAGCAAGGCUCUGGAGAGGAAGGCUCUCCCAACAGCACGCAAGGAGGUGGACAGGACGACGAGAGCUCACAUUCAGAGUGCAGUCCAGCAGGUUCCAGUCCAGCAGUUAAAGCAAGGACCCAGUUAAGGAAUUUAAAAAUACUGAGGGGAGAGAAAUUAAAAAAAUACCAGAGGAGAGAAACCGUAUCACUGCUCUGACUGUGGAAAGAGUUUCAGGCACUCAGGAGACCUUGUGAUACACUAGCGAAUUCACACAGGAGAGAAACCCUAUCGCUGCUCUGACUGUGGAAAGAGGUUCAAGUCAUCAGGACACCGUACAACACACCAGCGAAUUCACACAGGAGAGAAACCGCAUUGCUGCUCUGACUGUGGAAAGAGUUUCAGGAACUCAGGAGACCUUUCAAAACACCAACGAAUUCACACAGGAGAGAAACCUUAUCGCUGUUCUCACUGUGGGAAGCGUUUCAGUCGGUCUGGAAAUUUUGAAUUGCAUAAGCAAACUCACAAAGGAGAGAAACCAUAUCACUGUUCUGACUGUGGGAAGAGUUUCAGUCGGUCAGAACACAGUGUGGAGUAGUGGUUAGGGCACUGGACUCUUGACCGGAGGGUUGUGGGUUCAAUCCCCAGUGGAGGACACUGCUGUUGUACCCUUGAGCAAGGUACUUUACCUAGAUUGCUCCAGUAAAAACCCAACUGUAUAAAUGGGCAAUUGUAUGUAAAAUAAUGUGCUAACUGUAUAAUGUGAAAUAAUGUAUAAUGUGAUACCUUGUAACAAUUGUAAGUCGCCCUGGAUAAGGGCGUCUGCUAAGAAAUGAAUAAUAAUAAUAAUAAUAAUAACACCUA